GUGGACUUCACCGCCUACGCAAUGUCAGACCAUUCGUUUCUGCCAGGUUGUCGUCGUACCCGUACAUGGAAUGCCAAUGGAAUUUGGGUGCAAAUUCGCACACUCUAACUCUCUUCCGCUACAUCUUCCAAAUCUCAUUAUGGAAGAGGGUGCAACGACCGUAUUCAUCGUGACCCUCACAGUGUCGUCCAACCAAAGAUGCCCGUCAACAAAAGGAGAUACCCACGUGUAGUCCAGGCCUGCAAUACUUGUCGAGCCAAAAAGUACAAAUGCGAUGGCCACCUUCCAUGCUUUCAUUGUCAAAGACUAGGACGGGAAUGCAUCUUUCAAGGGGAGGUUAACAGCCAUUCCCCGUAUUCAAUCCGAUAUGUGAAGGACCUGGAGAAGUCCCUCGAGAGGGCAGAGGCUGCACUUCAUAUUCAAGGUAUCCCACAGCUAGGCAAUACAGACCCAAAACAGACGGGAAGUGUGAAAGAACAUGUGGUAGUACAGCAAUCGCAACUGAACGUACUAUGGCCGAGCGAGAGUGGUGAUAGUACGAUCGACUCUAUCGCUGGAGCAGCAAGGCAGGGUGCCGCACCUGUGGACAUACCGAACAAAGAAGCGCCGGACGACAUCUCAACCGACGUUAUGGACAUCAAUGGUGUGAGUAGGAGAUUCGAGUUUCAUGGUCGAACCUCUUCACUGGCAUUCCUAGACCGCCUCAUGAAACUGAAGGAGAGAAACUCUGCGAGUCGAUUUCUUGGAUGUCCUAUUCUCAGCCGACAAGCCGUCAUCGAAUUCCAAAACGAAGCAUUUAUGAAAUUUCGAGAAACCCUAAGGGUCUUCGAUAAGGUCCAAGAAAACUACUAUCCACACUAUGCCUUCCUCUUCAUCGAUAGCUACUUCAAGACUCUCCAUUACGUCCAUCCCAUUCUUGACCAACAUGUUUUCCUAGAGCGAUGUUCUUCCCUUUGGACUGGCCGCGGAAUCUCGAUCCAUCAGAGCUUCAAGGUAUUGUAUUUCGCCGUGUUGUCACUUGGUGCACUUACACGGACUUGGAUAGAGGAUUCUAUCAACGGAAUGGAUCGGAAUACGUGGGCGCUUAUGCUUUUCGAAAGAGCCGAAUUAGCGAUGGGUCGUCUAGGGUCAUUAAACGACCUAGAAGCGGUUCAGGCUGCAAUGAUUAUGGCACAGGUCUGCCAGCACCAAUUAAACCCGAAUCUUGCAUACACCUAUCUCGGAACUGCCCUUCGGACGUCAUUCUCAAUGGGUAUCAAUCGAAUCGCACCAUUCCGAACCCGCCAUUUCCCACAGGACUCCCCCAGCGUCGUUGUCUCUCGAACGUGGUGGGAUCUCUACUCAAUGGAAACGGAGUUAAGCAUCACCCUAGGCAGGGAAAACAUGCUCGGAUUGGAUUCUUAUCACAACAGGCCGCCACCACUGGUUAGCGUAAACAAUGAAUCCGAGAAUACAAUCAUUUCAGUAAUGCUUGGGCUGUCCAGAAUCUUGCAGGAGAUCUCAAGGAAGAUCUACUGGGAAGAGACAGCGCUGUCAGAGAAACUCGAACGAGCCGGUGAGUACGAACGCCGCUUGAAUAGUUGGUUAGUAGAACUUCCUCCGAACAUUCGACCAAAGCCAUUCUCUGGGGCGACAAAAGCGCGCCUACUGCUCGGAAAUCAUUACUGGCCGGAGCUACAAAGGCUCGUCCUCCAUUUGCGGUAUUUACACACAAGAAUUGUUCUCUUUUACGUUUUUUUUCUCCAUGAGCAAAAAGGCCAUAAGAACGGAAGAGAUGCAAAAAAGGUAGCCGCAUAUUCCGCGAAUUGCAAGAACGCCGCCGUCGAGAUCAUCGAGUGUAUCCAUUCGACGUAUUCUGCGCAUCAUUUCUUCCGAUCUUGGUGGAAUAAUACGACAUACAUUGCUUUCGGUCUGUCUAUCCUCGUAGCUACGUUUUCCCGAGAACCAGCGAUAGCUCGCCCGAAAUCGGCAAUUCUUCUGUAUAUCAAUCAAGCCAUCGAAGUACUGGGAGUUAUGGAUGAGUGCCCGGUUGCUUGCAACAUCGGAAAAUUUAUUCGGGAGCUUGUAGAUACACUCCUCGCCACAGGUACUAGCAGGAACGAUAGCGAGGGUGAGCCGCAAGCAGAGUAGGCUCCGUGGGACCCUUCUCUGGGUCCUUUUCCGGGUGGGUUCGAUAUCAUUGGUGACUCGGGUCUUAACUUGAAUUCUUUCAAUGUUUUCGAUGCGAUCUCUCCGGGUUGGCUCGAAGAGGCUGAAUAGGACGUGAGGUUCAGUGAAUUUCAAGAGCAAGGGGGAGUAAGGCUCCAGUAAGAUGAGCUAUUUGUUGCUCUCCCAUUUAGUCCUCAAGAUUAUUUGAUCGGUUACCAGAAAGAGGACAAACCUUAUCCGAAUUGUGAUCUAGACAGAAACUGGUCGCAGACUGCCACAUGCUAGCUUAUUCGAACGACAAAAUCAAGGGCAACCAUAAACCGUUAAGCAUUACUUGUACCGUGGGAUGGCGUCUUUUGAAGGCCUGGGGCCAAUUCUUGCCAGGAGCGUCGAUCGAUACGUUCGUCCCGGAA